AUGAUAUUAUAUCGCCAGAAGGUGAUACCGCUUCAAGAUGAUGCCACUACAAGCUGGUACCGCUUGAGAGGCAAUACUGCUUCACGUUUAUAUCGCCUGAAGGUGAUACCGCUUCAAGGUGAAGACAGUGUUCAUGGCAUUGGGCAGGGAGAUUGGUGCAGGCUCCAGUACCCGCCCACCGGUGACAGUGGUGCAGGCUCCAGUACCCGCUCCACCGGUGACAGUGGUGCAGGCUCCAGUACCCGCCCCACCGGUGACAGUGGUGCAGGCUCCGGUACCCGCUCCACCGGUGACAGUGGUGCAGGCUCCGGUACCCGCUCCACCGGUGACAGUGGUGCAGGCUCCGGUACCCGCCCCACCGGUGACAGUGGUGCAGGCUCCGGUACCCGCUCCACCGGUGACAGUGGUGCAGGCUCCAGUACCCGCCCCACCGGUGACAGUGGUGCAGGCUCCAGUACCCGCCCCACCGGUGACAGUGGUGCAGGCUCCAGUACCCGCCCCACCGGUGACAGUGGUGCAGACUCCGGUACCCGCUCCACCGGUGACAGUGGUGCAGGCUCCGGUACCCGCUCCACCGGUGACAGUGGUGCAGGCUCCGGUACCCGCUCCACCGGUGACAGUGGUGCAGGCUCCAGUACCCGCCCCACCGGUGACAGUGGUGCAGGCUCCGGUACCCGCUCCACCGGUGACAGUGGUGCAGGCUCCGGUACCCGCCCCACCGGUGACAGUGGUGCAGACUCCGGUACCCGCUCCACCGGUGACAGUGGUGCAGGCUCCAGUACCCGCCCACCGGUGACAGUGGUGCAGGCUCCAGUACCCGCCCCACCGGUGACAGUGGUGCAGGCUCCAGUACCCGCCCCACCGGUGACAGUGGUGCAGACUCCGGUACCCGCUCCACCGGUGACAGUGGUGCAGGCUCCGGUACCCGCUCCACCGGUGACAGUGGUGCAGACUCCGGUACCCGCUCCACCGGUGACAGUGGUGCAGGCUCCAGUACCCGCCCCACCGGUGACAGUGGUGCAGGCUCCAGUACCCGCCCCACCGGUGACAGUGGUGCAGGCUCCAGUACCCGCUCCACCGGUGACAGUGGUGCAGGCUCCAGUACCCGCCCCACCGGUGAUAGUGGUGCAGGCUCCAGUACCCGCCCCACCGGUGACAGUGGUGCAGGCUCCGGUACCCGCCCCACCGGUGACAGUGGUGCAGGCACCAGUACCCGCUCCACCGGUGACAGUGGUGCAGGCACCAGUACCCGCCCCACCGGUGACAGUGGUGCAGGCUCCAGUACCCGCCCCACCGGUGACAGUGGUGCAGGCACCAGUACCCGCUCCACCGGUGACAGUGGUGCAGGCACCAGUACCCGCCCCACCGGUGACAGUGGUGCAGGCUCCAGUACCCGCUCCACCGGUGACAGUGGUGCAGGCUCCAGUACCCGCCCCACGGGUGACAGUGGUGCAGGCUCCAGUACCCGCUCCACCGGUGACAAUGGUGCAGGCACCAGUACCCGCCCCACCGGAGACAGUGCUGCAGGCACCAGUACCCGCCCCACCGGUGACAGUGGUGCAGGCUCCAGUACCCGCUCCACCGGUGACAGUGGUGCAGGCUCCAGUACCCGCCCCACGGGUGACAGUGGUGCAGGCACCAGUACCCGCCCCACCGGUGACAGUGGUGCAGGCUCCAGUACCCGCCCCACCGGUGACAGUGGUGCAGGCUCCAGUACCCGCUCCACCGGUGACAGUGGUGCAGGCUCCAGUACCCGCUCCACCGGUGACAGUGGUGCAGGCUCCAGUACCCGCUCCACCGGUGACAGUGGUGCAGGCACCAGUACCCGCUCCACCGGUGACAGUGGUGCAGGCUCCAGUACCCGCCCCACCGGUGACAGUGGUGCAGGCUCCAGUACCCGCCCCACCGGUGACAGUGGUGCAGGCACCAGUACCCGCCCCACCGGUGACAGUGGUGCAGGCUCCAGUACCCGCCCCACCGGUGACAGUGGUGCAGGCUCCAGUACCCGCUCCACCGGUGACAGUGGUGCAGGCUCCAGUACCCGCUCCACCGGUGACAGUGGUGCAGGCUCCAGUACCCGCCCACGGGUGA